UCGCCAUUGAAAACAAAGCGAGACUCUAGACUGGGUUCAAUGUGAUUUUGAAGUUAACAUCCUUGUCUUACACCGCAUUGACAGAGAAGAAAAAGCAAAGACUUGAGAUAAGAAUGAUGAAGAAUCGCUUCUUUCUGGUCUUUUUAGUUCUCUAUAUGAUAGUAGAAUGGGGGAUCUCACUCAAAAUAGAAGCUGAUGAUGGGUUUGUUAAAGCAAGAGGGGUGCAGCUUAUGCUGAAUGGGAGCCCCUACUAUGCCAAUGGUUAUAAUGCCUAUUGGUUAAUGUAUGUGGCCUCUGAUCCAUCUCAAAGAAACAAGGUGUCAUCAACGUUUCAAGAGGCUUCAAACCAUGGACUUAACAUAGCCAGGAUAUGGGCUUUCAGUGAUGGUGGAUACAAACCCCUACAACACUCGCCUGAAUCCUACAAUGAGGACAUGUUCCUGGGGUUGGACUUCGUAAUAUCUGAAGCUAGAAAAUAUGGGACAAAGCUGGUGUUGAGUUUGGUGAAUAACUAUGAUAACUUUGGUGGAAAGAAACAAUAUGUUGACUGGGCAAGAAGUCAUGGCCAGGCGAUAAAAUCUGAAGAUGAUUUCUUCACAAACCCUGUAGUGAAGGGAUACUACAAAAACCACAUCAAGAGUGUACUCACAAGAUGUAAUAACUUCACUGGAGUCGCUUACAAAGAUGAUCCAACUAUAAUGGCUUGGGAGCUUAUGAAUGAAAUUAGAUGCUCUUCAGAUGAAUCAGGAAACACGGUUCAGGCUUGGAUCACUGAGAUGGCAUCUUACUUGAAAUCCAUAGAUGGAAACCACUUGCUAGAAGCUGGUUUGGAGGGCUUCUAUGGGCCAUCGAAGCAAGAGUCUAAUCCGAGCUUCCACGUUGGAACAGAUUUUAUUGCAAACAAUCAAAUCCCUGACAUAGAUUUUGCAACCGUUCAUUCAUACCCUGAUCAAUGGCUACCAGGUUCAAGUAAUGAAGAUCAAAUCUCAUUUUUAGACAGUUGGCUGAAUGACCACAUACAAGAUGCACAGAACAAAAUUCAGAAGCCAGUUCUGUUUGCAGAGUUUGGGGUAUCAAAGAAAAAUGUGAGUUCUGACUCAAAUAUAAGGGACCAGUUUUUCAACAUGGUUUAUUCUACAAUCUAUUCAUCAGCAAGUGAUGGAGGAGCAGCUGUUGGUGGCUUAUUUUGGCAACUUUUAGCCCAAGGAAUGGAUUCUUUUCGAGAUGGUUAUGAGGUAAUCUUAGAUGAGAGCCCCUCAACUGCAACCUUGAUUGCCCAAGAGUCUCAAAAGCUAAACCAAAUCCGGAAGGUGUACCCCAAAAUGAGAUAUUUUAAGCAAUGGAAUAAAGCAAGGGAAGUUAGAAGCUCACAAUGGCAAAGUGGUGCUAACGAAGGAAACUGA